AUGUCAGAAGAAGAUCCCUCGCGUCUAGAUAAUGAGAUUGAGCUCCUUACAGCAAUCUAUCCCGAGCAAGCCUCCUACUCAUCCAAAAGCCGCGAACUCAAGUUCAUUCAAGAACAUGCAGCAUUACAGCUUCGCAUUCCGGAGACCUACCCCGAAACCGGUCUGCCAGAUGUGCUAGGUGCAACCGAUACCGCCAGAAAUGACAUCAGGGACCAGACCAAAGCUGCUGUUCGAGCUUUACAUUUGCCAGAAGGAGAAGAAACACUUGAUGCCAUCCUAUCAGCAUUCCAACAAGUACUCUCAGACAGGCUGGAGACUUCGAGUAUCGCUUCUGCCAAAUCCGCCAAGUCAACGAAGUCCAUCAAAGCCACAAAGCACGAAGACUCCCAUUCCCAGAAGACGGUAAUCAUCUGGCUCCACCACCUCCUCAACACCAACAAGCGCAAACUAUGUCUCUCGCCAGCCUUCUCCGGCAUCACGAAGCCAGGCUACCCAGGGGUCCUGGUCUACUCAGGACCCGCAGCGGCGGUCAGUGCGCAUGUGAGCGAGCUGAAGGCACAGAACUGGGCAGCCUUCCAAGUCCGCUUCGAAGAAGACGUGCGCUGGCAGUUUGCGCACGGGGAGGGGGUCCGGGAGGUAGAAAGCAUGGCGGACGUAGUCAAGUCGCUGGAGUUUGACGAGAAGCUAGCCAGUAGUCAGACUGCGCACAAGGGAGGUAAGAAAGCCGGGAUCGCUGAUGGCAUGGGAAGCAAGCAGAGAGAGGAUUUCUUGAAGGCUGUGGGUAUUAAAUAA